UUCAUGUGUUCAUGUAAUUGAGUUUCAUGAUGAGAGGGAAACAACCUUCAGAAUCAAAAGGCUGGCUUCUUCUGUUGUCAUGUUCAAUUGUGGUUACUUUACCAAGCAAUACAUAUAACCGGUGGUAUGUCUCUCCUCUGGCGGUACUGUAUUACUGGAGGGCCUCACAGGUAGACACUUAUAGCUACACAAGAGGUGGCAUGACAUGACAAGGAGUAAAGGGAACGAACGAGAACACCCACGACUAUAACUCUGUCUAUUAUAG